GUCGAGAUCGAUCCACAGUCUGAAUCGUUAAGAUCUAGAGUGAACAAGUCAACCUUAAGAUGAAAGCUAUUUUCGUGUUCGUCGCUGUGAUUUUCGCACUCCUCAGUGUCCUGGAGGCUGUGCCCGCUCCUCAGUUUGGUUACGGUAGAUUCGGAGGCGGAUAUCCUUAUGGCGGAUUCGGAGGAGGAUAUCCCAACUAUGGCGGAUUCGGAGGCGGAUAUCCUGGCUAUGGUGGCUUUAACAACGGCUACGGCGGAGCCAGUGCCUCCGCAACUGCCUCGUCCUCCGCCAACAGUUUCGGCAAUGGCUUCAUCGGAUAAAAAGUCUGUUGAAAAGUAUUCCUAAGCCC